ACGGCUGCGAAUGGGUUCAUUAGCUUUUGUCGUCUCCACUUCGUCCCCAAAACGGAAUUGCUUAAAUUAAAAUAAACGACGUCGAGGCCGUCUGCGCGUACUUAAUACUGCAAAAACAUCUGUGUCAUUUUGCACGCUCAAAGGCCAUGGAAUCGGAUACAGUGGAGCAAAAUAGCACUCAAAAAGAAAGUCCUGCAAAAAGCCAGACGUUCUCCGAGCCAAUAAAAGCGGCUCAAAGUGAAAGCUUAGAGGGCGACGAGACGGGCGGAAGCGUACAAGUUGAAGCUGAUGUUGAAGCGCAACCACCCUCCAAACGAUCAAAGGUUGAAGACCAGCCGGUUGAAAAAGAAAAGGAAGUGGAGGAUGACGAGGAUGAGGCACCUGAGCUAGUGUCGGCUGAGGAUGAUUCCCUUUCCGAGGAGUCGUUGGAACGCGUGCAAAGCACACAAUCCAGCUUGCGACGUUUUAAACAAAUACCUGUGUUUAUAGUGGAUUAUCACAAUGAUGUGCUGGAGUUUAUCUACCGAUGUCUAGCCUCACGGCAUUUGCCGCUUGAGAAUAACAUUUUGGUGCACUUUGAUUCGCAUCCGGACCUGGUUAUAGCAAAUGACAUACCUGCGAGUGCCUCCUACGAUAAGGACACAAUGUUGACGGAACUGAGUAUUGAGAAUUGGAUAAUGCCAACGCUGUAUGCGGGUCACUUUAAUCGCAUGGUUUGGCUAAAAAACUCAUGGUGCCAACAGAUACCGACGGGCAAGCACGAGUUUAAAAUCGGACACAAAAACGAUCGCAUUGGGAUCGACUGCCCGCUUGACUAUUUCAUAGCCGAUGGCAAUUACUGUCCUGCAGACGAACUGGAGGAUGCGCGCACAGUAAAGUUACAAGUUUACGAUGCUGACAGUGAAUCCCUUGAUCCCCGUGAGUUCAUUACCGAGAAGGACGCGCAGGGCUUUAUUCUCGACAUAGACUUGGAUUUCUUUAGCACGUCGAAUCCCUUUUUGGAAAUAUACAAAGAUGUCGACUGCUAUUCUCAGCUGAAGGAGAUAUUUCACUUUGAAAGCGUAGAGUCUGUAAAGCAGGCGGGUACAGCUACCAUUGCUGAUUACAGAGCGACUGCGGCAGCGCGAAAGAAGCAACUGGACGCCCUUAAGCGAAUCUUCUGGCAGCUGGAUGAACACCACACUCUGGAUGGCAUGGACAGGCCCGACGAAAGCGUAAUAACGCCUGAGGUCUAUGCCAAAAUCAUUCAUUUGGCCGAGUCAUUGAAAACCAAGUACGUCGAUGACGAAAUUGACUGGCUGCUCAUCUUUGAUUCGGGCAGCACCACCGACAACAAUGGACUACCGCAUCACAUUAGCACUAGCGAAGAGUUAGAUCAGUACUUUGCGCAUUUCAAGCGUUUCCUGCAGCGCCUGCCAGUGCCGCCGGUGGCCAUUACGAUGUCGUGUUCGGUGCAGGAUGACUAUUGCCCUCAAAAUCAAGUGGCCUUUAUUGAGGAGCAGGUGCUGCGGCUCCUACGCGAGGUGUUUGGUGAACGGGUGCAUGAUAAGCCAAUUCUCCACUACAUGGACGACGAGUGGAAUGUGAUGAAGCUCUAGGCUCUCACCCUACUCCACCACAAUUUAAUCUCCACACCCGUGUGAUUCUGAUACAGAUCGAAAACUAUACUAAAUACAAAAACAACAUAACUAUUUUAAA